GGGUGAUGCCAGCGCAGCCGGUGCUGCCAAGGAUCCCAACCUUAUUCAUAUCCAACAUCAAAGAGCCUGUUUCGUGCUCGCCAUCAGCAGAGGCGUAUAUAUUUCUAUCCCGCAGUUGUAGUUCGGUAGGCGGGAAUGAUACAUCUCUUCUUCCUGGAUUAAUUAAUUCGUGAGGUUGAAUCGGGACUUUUCUUAUCCUGCAUCACCAAAGACGGGUGUGCCAUCAUGAGACUCAACCAUGCAUUUGGCACUGCUGCCGUCGCGCUUUUAGGGUCUGGCUUUGCCCAAGCAUCUGAUGAAUCAGUCCGGCAAGUAGCUAUUGUUGGCGCCGGGGCAGCUGGGUCAUCUGCUGCCUACUUUCUACGGCAGUUCGCGGCAGAGGCUGGCGUGCAUGUCAAUGUCACUGUCUUUGAGAAAACAGAUCGCAUCGGUGGCCGGACGCUCACUACCAAUCCGUUCAAUGACCCGACUCAGCGGUUUGAGCAGGGCGCCAGCAUCUUCGUCAAGGUCAAUCAUAUCUUGUACAACGCCAUGACCGAGUUCGGACUCUCCCCGAGCUAUCGUGAUGCUGAUGUCGAUUCGGUCAUGGGUAUCUGGGACGGGGAUCGCUUCGUCUUCACCAUUGACCAAAACGCCCCAUCGUGGUGGAAAAUCCUGAAAGUCAUCCGGAAGUACGGAAUAAGCGGCCCGCGAAAGGUCCAGCAUCUGACAGCCACCACUGUCGCCAAGUUUCUCCGAUUGUACGAGCCACAGUUCUUUCCGUUUGAGUCGCUUACCCAGAGAGCCGAGGACCUUGGGCUACUUGAGGUGACCGGCGUCACUGGAGAGCAAUAUCUCGAGGCAAACGAUGUCGACGCUCGCUACGCUCGUGGCCUCGUCCAAGCCAGCACGCGGGUGAACUAUGCCUCCAACCUUGCCCAGAUCCACGGACUGGACACCAUGGUCUCCAUGGCUGCUGACGGCGCUCUCGCCGUUGAGGGGGGAAACUGGCAGAUCUUCCAUGAGAUGAUACAAAGAUCAGGGGCCGUGGUCGCUCUCAACACAACAGUCAUCGGCAUCGACAAGGUAUCCGACAGUACAACCAGUCAGCAGCGGUACGCUGUUCAGACAAGAUCCGGUAGCGCGCUGGAUAGUUCGACCACACACCCGGUUACGUUCGACCAUGUCGUUCUGGCCAACCCCUUCCAGUUCAGUGGCAUUUCGGUCGGAGAGGGUGUUCUGGAAACCGCCAUUGAUGAGAUUCCUUAUGUACAGCUUCACGUCACCAUCUUUACAUCACCUUAUCGUCUCAGUCCUGAAUUCUUCGGCUUGCCUACCUCGGCCAAAGUGCCCGGCAUGGUCCUGACCACCCUUGCUCAGUCCGAUACUCCAUCAUCGGGAGUCGGGGGGGUGGGCAAGGCGGGCUUCCUCAGCGUGAGCAUGCUUGGCCAGGCCACGAACCCACAAACAAAGAGGAGGGAAUACGUCUAUAAGAUCUUUUCCCCCGAGGCUGUCACGCCCGAGUUCCUCAGCCGCCUGCUUGGUAGAUCCGUUCCCUCGGGAUUUACGGGCAGCGACAGCCCCAUCUCGUGGUACCUCCCACAUGUCUUCAACUCGUAUCCUCGGGCGUUACCGCGGGUGACCUUCCAAGACCCCGUUGUCGGCGCGGGGGUUUAUUACACGUCGGGCAUGGAGAGCUUCAUCUCAACCAUGGAGACAAAUGCCUUGAUGGGGAAGAAUGUUGCACGCUUGGUCGUUGAUGACAUGCAAGGCGCAACUGUAGCCAAGAGCAAGAAUGGCCUGGCGUGGGAAGAGAAGCAGAGUAUCUUGGUCUAAGGAAACUAGAACUGGACAAGCAUUAUUCCUUCUGCUGCUGGGGACUGAUACACGUCUGUCAAGAGCUUAGUAAUGGACCGAAGGAAAUUUUCCCAUCCUUCUUUUUCGUUGAUGUUAAUAUCCGUUCCCAAGAACCUUUUGCAUUGUCCUCCGC